UUUUCACAGUCCGUCCAGUUCGAUCGGCAACGGGAGCGGAAAAAGGAAAGCGGAGAGCCCGAAGGCAGCAGCCCCCACCACCGCCGGCCCAGGUUACCAUCUAGAACCGGGAAACACACUAGAGAGCCACCGCCGGCUUUACCAACAAGAAAGCAACAUGAGCAGCGAAGCCGAGACGCAGCAGCCUGCCGCCGACGCGGAGAGCCCGUCCAGCCCAUCAAGCCCAUCCAGCCCGGCAGCCUCAGCUACCGCGGGGGAUAAGAAGGUCAUUGCAACAAAAGUCCUGGGAACAGUGAAAUGGUUCAAUGUUCGGAAUGGCUAUGGUUUUAUCAACAGGAAUGACACCAAGGAAGACGUCUUUGUACACCAGACCGCCAUAAAGAAGAACAACCCAAGGAAAUAUCUUCGUAGCGUUGGGGAUGGAGAGACUGUGGAGUUUGAUGUAGUAGAGGGGGAGAAGGGUGCUGAGGCUGCCAACGUUACAGGCCCAGGUGGCGUGCCUGUGCAGGGAAGCAAGUACGCAGCUGACAGGAACCGAUACAGGCGGUACCCCCGCAGAAGAGGCCCACCUCGCGACUUCCAGGAUAACUACCAGAGUGACGGGGAGGGUGAGGUGCGGGAGGGUGAGGUGCGUGAGAAGAGGGAAGGUGGAGAGCCUGCCCCUGAGGGUGAGAUACAGCAGAAUAGACCCAGCUACCCCGGCAGACGACGCUACCCACCAUACUUUGUGAGGAGGCGCUAUGGCAGACGUCCCCCCUAUACCAACGCACCCCAGAGAGGUGAAAUGACUGAGGUUGGUGAAGGUGAUGAGAACCAGGGUGGUCCAGACCAGGGAAACAAACCAAUGAGGCAGAACUACUACAGAGGCUUCAGACCAAGGGGUCCCCCCCGUCCCCGGCCAGCGCGGGAAGUGGAGGAGGAUAAGGAGAACCAGGACGAGGGUGAGCAGAGCCAGGAGCCCCGUCAGCGCCGCUACCGCCGCAACUUUAACUACCGCCGCAGACGGCCCCAGACGAUCAAGCCUCAGGACGGCAAGGACAGCAAGGCACCCGAUGCAUCAGCUGACAAAUCGGCUGCUCCCGAAGCCGAACAGGGCGGUGCAGAUUAACUGCCAUCGCCUUGACCAUCUAGACCAUCCGGCCGGUUUUGUCAAGAAGAAACAUCCAAGAUCUGAGCAAUAAGGAAUGACUUUGAUCAUCUAAGCUUGCAAAAAUGCAUUUCGACCAGAUUGCCUGCAGACUCUAUGCAGACCUGUUUUAUUUCCAUUAUUUUUGACAGCUGAUAGUUUUGGAGAAACGGCAAAUGUUUUUCUAAAUCGGUCUUAAGUUUUUACACCAAAUGAUUUUUAAAAGUAAUUUGAUAUCUGGUCAAUUUGACAUUUUUAAAUAACUUUUUAUGUAUUCAAAACAUGAAUUUUAACAAGGCAAGCUCAAAUAAAACCUGAAACAGUU